AUGAAUGAUUAUGGUUUGAGUCAAGACCUUGCCAAUAUUGAUUUUAGCCCCGUCUAUAAUCUAUGUAAUCCAAAUUCAUCUUUAGAAUAUUUCAUUAAAAGUCUUCAAACUGCAAUUAUAAAUAACACUACACGGGUAUCACUCUCCAAACGCCACAAAAUUAUCAAACCUUGGAUGACACCAGGUUUGCUGCGAUGUAUCAGAAAUAGAGACAAGUUACACAAAAAAUCUAAUCAUAUACCGAGCAAUGAAAUCUUAAAACGAACAUACACUCGCUACAGAAAUUUCUGCAAUGCGAUACUAAAAAAGGUUAAACGAACGUACGAAAAAAAUCUACUACAAAAUGCUAAACAAGACAACAAGAAACUAUGGAGAGCAAUAAAAGACAUCACGAAUACAUCACAAAAACAUUUAGACUCUAAAGAAUUGCUAACGUUAUCUACUUCACCCGAAGAAUCGCUAAAUAAAGUCAAUAGUUAUUUUAUUAAUGUAGGAAGCUCACUAGCAAAUAAUAUAUAUCAGAAAAACUUGCACACGUUGAAUAUGAAUUUCCAAAAUAAUCAUACAGACACCACUGUUUGUAAGUCUUUUGCCCUACUUGACACGUCUGAAUCAGAAGUAGAACGCCUGAUUGAGACCUUAAAAACGGAUUGCGCUAGCGGUUGGGGCCUUAUUAGUAACAAAAUUCUCAAAGCACAUAAGAAUAUUUUUGUAUCUCCGCUUACAAAAAUAUUUAAUGACUGCCUUCAAUUGGGCGUCUUCCCUGAUUCUCUAAAGAAAGCUGUAGUGUGCCCGAUCUUUAAGGCAGGCGACAGAAAUCGUGUCGAAAACUACCGGCCAAUAUCCAUCUUGCCUUCUAUUUCAAAAAUACUUGAACGUAUUAUAAACGUGAGGCUUGUUAAGUAUUUGGAAGGUAAUAGUUUGUUAUCAACUAACCAGUACGGUUUUCGAAGAGAUCAAUCAACUGAUCUAGCCGUCAAUAAACUCACCGAUUAUAUAACAUCAAACUUGGAUAAUGGUAAAAAAUGCCUCACUAUUUUUCUAGAUUUAGCCAAGGCCUUUGACACGAUUUCUGUUUCCAUCCUGUUGGACAAACUCGAAAGACUAGGUGUUAGAGGAAUGCAAUUAAAACUUUUUAGGAGUUACCUAACUGGGAGACUGCAAUGUGUUCGAGUAGGAAGUCAUAAAAGCGGUAACCUUGAGGUAUCGCACGGGGUUCCACAAGGCAGCAUACUUGGCCCUACGCUUUUCCUCGUGUACAUAAACGAACUUACAAGCUUAAGACUCUCCAAAGGCAUAAUCAUAUCUUUCGCGGAUGAUACUGCACUUUCCUUUAGCGCCAACACUUGGAAUGAGGUUUUUGUUGCUGCACAGGCGGGUUUUGGUGCUGUUGGGGACUGGCUUGAUAGAAACAUCCUUACCCUUAACGUAGAUAAGACGAAAUAUAUCUGCUUCAGUAUUAAGGGUGUCAAGGAGAAUUUUAAUAAUCGUAAAAUCGUAUCACAUCAAUGUCAAUCCGGCUGUAACUGCUCGUGCCCCACAGUGGAACGUGUACAUGCAAUAAAAUAUUUAGGCGUUAUCAUGGACAGCAAUCUUAACUUUAAAGAACACAUAAAGGUAAUGUGUGGAAGAGUAAGAAAGUUGAUAUAUGUCUUUAAAAAUCUCAGGCAUGUUGCUGACCCCGGAUUGUUGAAACAGAUAUACUAUUCUCUUUGUCAGUCGCUCUUGACGUACUGCAUCUCUACCUGGGGUGGCGCCCUAAAAACAGUAAUGAAACCGAUCGAGAUCGCACAGCGUGCGAUAUUAAAAGUCUGUUCCUUUCAGCCCAUAUUCUUCCCUACUACAAUGCUGUACCAGAUAGCUGGAGUUCUGACAGUUCGUCAACUAUUUAUCCUAAGCGCUUGUCUGCUACAACAUAGAAAGCAGACCUUUGACCCACAACUUUUGGAAAAACGAAGAAAAAAUAUAGUUUGUCCCCGACUAGCAACUUGUAAAACAAAAUUUGCCCAACGUUUCGCUAAUUUCAUUGCCCCUUUUAUAUACAAUAGAAUUAAUAGAGCUAUAAACAUAUAUCCCUUGACAAAAGUGCUACUAAAGAAACAGGUAUGUGAAUACUUACUAAAGCUGAAUUAUGAAGAAACGGAACUACUCCUAUAUAUAGCUAAGUAA